CAACGACUCUGCAGCGAGUACAACUGGCAGCGAUCAGGCUGCGGCCAGCACCACCACGACGAAGGCAACCACAGCUACAGCUACGUCGUCGACAGCCCCCGCGGCAGGCCGUCAGCCUCGCCCGUCAUCCUCGGCAGCAAAUGCCGCACCUUCGGUUGGAAGUCCGACUCAGGGGAAGUCAGCUGCAGCGAAGAAAGAAGAGGGCUUCACUGAACUCAUGGCCUUCAGGUGCGUAGCUUCUUACUUGUUCAUCUGAAGCAAGCUUAGGAUUCGAACUCCUGUUCUAUCGAACCCUCAGAGUCUCUCAUUUCUCGCUGUUCUCUUACCCCCAACCCCCCCCCUCCACCCCCCGUCACUCCGCGUUCCUCCAUCUCUCUUCGCCGGCUCCCCAAUGAAUCUAGCUCGCCUGC